GACACACUUCUAGAAAAUUCGGGUACGAGCACGAAUGAAGGAACUACUAUGCGGCAAUAAACCGGCGUUUAUACGUUAGAUUGAUCGAUUGUAGAAUUCAGCAACGUGUUUCUCUCUUCGUGUUAUUCGGAAGAUAAGCAAGAUUUAAUUGUUCUUGUAAUAAAUUGAGACAAAUUUUAGUUAACGAUGGCUGCUAUGUCCGUCAUUGGUAUUGAUUUCGGUAACGAAUCAUGUUAUAUCGCUGUGGCUAAAGCAGGUGGUAUUGAGACAAUAGCCAACGAUUACAGUCUCCGCGGUACUCCAUCAUGUGUUGCGUUUUCACCGAAAAAUCGAAUAUUGGGAGUGGCUGCAAAGAACCAAAUGGUCACAAAUAUGAAAAACACUGUAUUUGGCUUCAAGAGGCUGUUAGGUAGAAAAUUCUCUGAUCCAUAUGUUCAAAAAGAACUGAAACAUUUCCCCUUCAAGGUUGAACAAAGACAGGAUGAUGGGAUCGGCAUUAGAGUCAACUAUCUGGGCGAAGACAAUGUCUUUUCUCCUGAACAGAUAACAGCUAUGCUCCUCACAAAACUGAAAGAAAGUGCAACCAUAGCAUUACAGACACCCAUUAAUGAUUGUGUCAUAUCUGUACCGAGCUACUUCACAAACGCUGAAAGAAAUGCUUUGUUGGACGCUGCCAAUAUUGCAGGAUUGAAUGUAUUACGCCUUAUGAAUGAGACUACUGCCACUGCUUUGGCUUAUGGUAUUUAUAAACAAGAUUUACCUGCUCCUGAGGAAAAGCCCAAAAAUGUAGUAUUUGUUGACUUUGGUCACAGUUCACUUCAGGUAUCUGCAUGUGCAUUCAACAAGGGUAAGCUGCGUGUUCUGGCUACAUCGACUGAUGCUCAAUGUGGUGGAAGAGACAUUGACAUGGCCCUGGCUGACUAUUUCUGUCAGGACUUCAUUAGUCGAUUAAAGCUGGAUGCUAGGAAAAACCAAAGGGCUUUCCUUCGGCUGUUGCAAGAAGUUGAAAAACUGAAGAAGCAGAUGUCUGCAAACAGCACUCGCCUUCCCAUCAACAUUGAGUGCUUCAUGGAAGAGCGCGACGUUUCCAGCGAGAUGCAGCGCUCACAGAUGGAACAAAUCUGUGCUGAGACCUUCACACGCAUUGAAAGAACUAUGAGGGCUGUACUACACAAUUCCAAGUUGAGACCCGAAGACAUUCACUCUGUAGAGAUUGUUGGAGGAUCCACCAGAAUCCCAGCUGUCAAGAACUUGAUUGAACAAGUGUUUAACAAGCAUGCCUCAACCACACUGAACCAGGAUGAAGCAGUGUCCCGUGGUUGUGCGCUGCAGUGUGCUAUGUUGAGCCCGGCUGUGCGCGUGCGUGAGUUCAGCGUCACUGACGUCCAGCCUUACGCCGUACGCCUCGCCUGGGAUGCCACCAAGGGAGAGGAUGGAGACAUGGAGGUGUUCUCAGCUUUCCACGCUGCGCCAUUCUCAAAGAUGCUGACUUUCUACAGAAAAGAGCCAUUCUCUGUGAGUGCUUAUUAUUCGGACCAGGUGCCUUAUCCAGACACUUUUAUUGGUCAGUGGCACAUCAGAGAUGUUCAGCCAACAGCUGAGGGAGAGUCACAGAAAGUAAAACUCAAAGUGAGAGUGAACAUUCAUGGCAUCAUAACAGUCGCCUCUGCAUCCCUCGUGGAAAAGAAACAAGAUGCUGCUCAAAAUGAAAAUAUAGAGAUGGAGAAUUCAAAUGAAAAUUCUCAAGGACAAGAUGCUGCUAUGGAUACCAAUGGUGCGAGCCAAGAUCAGCAACAAAAUGGCCCCGAAAACCAAGAGGUGAGAGACGACGAAAUGAAGGGGGAGCCUCAACAAAAACAGUCGUGGACACAGAAAGUAGGACAGUGGUUCAGCGGGGAAAAUGCUGAUGAUAAAAAGGAUAAAUCCAAGGACAAGACCAAGAAGGUUCUCGUUAAAACCAUUGAACUACCAAUUGAUGCUCAGACACAUGGACUUGCCAAACAUGAUCUUAACUCAUAUGUUGAGCAAGAGGGAAAAAUGCAAGCUCAAGAUAGACAGGAAAAAGAACGUGCUGACGCUCGCAAUGCUUUGGAAGAAUACGUGUAUGAAUUGCGUGGUAAACUGUCUGAAGGAGAAGCUCUCCACGACUUCAUCGCGGAAGAUAAUCGCAAUCGUCUUGUCAACCAGUUGGACGCUCUCGAACAAUGGCUGUAUGACGAAGGUGAAGACCAACACAGACAGGUAUAUAGCGAUAAACUAGCGGAGUUGAGAACAGAAGGCGAACCCAUUAAGCAGCGACGUUUGGAGUACGAACUCCGCCCUGGAGCAUUAGAUGAUUUUUCAAGAGCAAUCCAAUUAGCCAACAAAGCUGUUGAUUUGUACAAAGCUGGCGACGUUAAGUACGCUCACUUGGCUGAUGUUGACGUUCAGAAAGUGGCAGAGGCCGCUAAGAACGCACUGAACUGGUUGGAGAGUGCUCGCCAGGCGCUCGCGCAUACACCGCGUCACCAGUCGCCACCACACACCACGCACCAAAUCCGCCAGGAACGACAGACCUUCGAGAAUACUGUCAACCCAAUAUUAAACAAACCCAAACCUAAAGAGAAGACCCCGCCGCCCGCCAACCCUACAGCUGGCGACGGACAGCCCGACUCUGCCGCGCCCAGUGACGCUCAGCAGACACAAGAACAAAUGGAUGUCGAAUGAAUAUGAACCACUCCUAAUACUACCUGCACAUAUAAUACUGAAUCAUAAUACUAAAUAAUUACACUCCAUUCACAUACGAUACCACAUGUUUACUCUACAUAAGGACUAUUUCAAGGAUAUUGUAUGAAGGACAACUGUAUUUUUUUUUAAUUCUAAACUACAGUUCUCAUAUGGUGUUAUUGUUUAGUUUUAUGACGCAUUCCGCGUUUUCCAUCGUGAAGGAACGCACGGACAAAUUAUAGUGAAUAUUUAUUUUUAUUCGAAUGAUGGAAUGGCUGGUAACAAUUUUGAAGUUAUUUUCUACUAUGCUACUAUAAUGCAUUUUUUUACGUAUCGUUUUGUUCAAUCGAAUAACUUUAAUACGCGCAUUUCAAAUUUUAGGCGUAUAACCCGAGUAAUAAAUAGUAUUAAUGUAAUUUAUAUUUUGGUUACAUUUUGUACACCUACUUAAUGCAUUUUUGUGCGAUAACAGCAAUUUUAUUUCAUGUGAUGUGAUAAAAUUGAAUUUAGUUAAUAAUUUUAUAUAGCCAAUAAAUUAAUACGAGGGAGCACAUUGAUUAUAGAGGUGAAAUUAAAAUAUUCCUUAUCAAGAAUUAAUAUCUUGAUGGUACUGGUUCUUAUUUUCACUGAAAUGCCUAUAUUUUAAUUUCACCUAUGUGCUAAGGCAAUAGAAUAAUUUUAAGAUUUUCGUGUUAUUUGUUUAAAUGGUAUAAUAUAAUGUUAGAAAACAAUACUUACAUUAAUUAAUACAACACAGAUUUCCGAAGGAUCCUACUCUUUUUGAUGAACAGGAAUUAUUUUCCGCAUUAUAAUUAUACCUUUGACUAGUUAAAAUAGAGAUCCUUUUGUUGAAUGACAAUGUGUAAGAAAUAAUAAAAUUGUAAGCUGGCCUUAUAACAAUUUAACUAAUUUAAACAUCACUGUGGAAAUAUCUUGGUUUUAAUAAAAAGCAAUAAUCACGAUUCCUGUCAAAAAAUGUGUAGAUUUUCACUUACACAGAACUAAAUCCUGGUCUCUGAGUAAUCUAAAAAUGCUUUAAUAUUGAAAUGAUUGCUACAUUACUUUUGAUGUAAAAAUAGACACUUUCAUCACAACAUGAGAGUUUAUUUUUGCACGGAAGACAUCAUUUCUUUGAAAAUAAAACCUCGCAUUCUUAGGCAUUUUUAUUAGGAGUAUAUAAGUGUGUAGUAAAAUUGCUAGACUGUAUUCCCAUUUGCAACCAUCUGUAUGAAUACUAUUGAGGGGAAACGAAAAUAAAACUCCAAGCAUUUUAAUGUACCUAAACUCGUUUUUUACACUGGUAAGUUAAUAUUGCGUGUGUAAAAGUAUUGUUCCUUCACCUCUUCGUCUUCUUAUAAAGACCAUUCCAUCGUCUACAAUUAGUUUCAUUCAAACUUAUCCACUCUAACGUCCAUGGAUACUAUAGUAUCCAAAGUGACGAGUUUAAUAUUGUUCGACGAAAAAAUAAGACAUGGCGUUGUAAUAUGCUUUGACAAACAAAAUAUAAAUUUUUAAAGUUAGUUGACUCGUUUUUGAAGUGUUUUUGUGAGUUCCAACAAUUAUGUCGUAAAUACUACAGUUUUGUUUAAUUUAUCUUGCAAGUGUUAUACAUAUAAACUAGAAGAUUUGUGCUUUACGAUGAUGUACAAAUAUCACAGUUUUAGCUGAUAAAUCUAGUCUAAUUUUAACUUCAAACGAUUGUUGUUUCGAAAAAAAUGGCCGGUCUGGUGUUGGCCACUUUUAGUUUUGUUUAUACAUAUUUUACAUACUUUGCAUUACAAUAGUAUAUAAAAUAUCAAAAUACAUUUCGUAAUAAGCAAAAUAAUACAUUUUUCAAAGAGAAAUAUACUAAAUUCAUUGAAGAUUCCAUAAUUGUCAAUGUGUUCCUCAGGUUUUUUGAUGUGUAAAAUUACGAGUAGUGUUUUCUUUCGAUUUAAUUACAAUACUUAGAGUUAACCGAAUAUAAUCAUAUAUACAUCAAAAGAAAGGGUAAUGAGUCUAGUUUGUUGUGAAAAUAUUUUAUUGAUAAAAUAUGCAAUAGUUGUGCCGUAUAUUCUAAAAAGGUAGAAAUAAUUCUGUUUUUUUUUCUGUGUUUCAUGUUUAACCCGUUUUAUUGUAUUUUAAAGAUUAACUAAAGAUUUUAAAAUAUCGUUAAGAUUGAUCAGUAUUCUUCAAUCUUUUUUUGGUAUUCUUUUCUUUAUUCUAGGCAUUACGGUUCAGUAGCUAUAUAGGUUUUUUGUUACGACGAACUUGCGAGUCGCGCGCGGUUCGGAUGCCGUGCGCGGCUGGACGUUAGAGUGGUUAUUGAGGUACUUGUAACUUUAUUACUAUUACACUAUCCAUAAAAGUUGUCGAAUUAAUAAAAACAACUCUCCAUUCACACAAUUGUUACUUUCCCUUAUUUCUAUGUUUGAUUGGUCUCUACAAAAAUUAAUCAUUCCACACUUACCAACUGCAAUAGUAAUAUAGGAUCGAAAUUAAUACUUAGAUAAGGCUAUAGAUAAGUCCUAUAUCCUCUUUGGUUUCAUGUGCUACAUGUACAUGACAAUCUCAAUAGUCAAUUUACAUUUUGAUAUAAUUAAUUUCCCCUUAGUUUUUUGAUUAACGGGGCUUGCUUUUAUAACAAGAAUUUGUUUGUCCCCCCUACUGUCCAAAAGUGCUUGUGUAAUGUUAAACGAAUUCAUCAAUUCUGUCACACUUCAUGUCAUCAGCUAUAUACUUAUAGGUUAUUGUGGCCUAUGUUGUACAUUUGCAAAUAAAAUGGUUGAACCAUUACUAUGUUAUUUGUGCAUUAAAGCUUAGUAAAUGGAUAAUUUAACAA